GACUUUGACUCACAAGAUUUUAAGACUUUUAUGUCUUUUUUGAAGCUUCUUUUCAAAAAAGUUUAUUUGUUUAAAAGUUUCGCUUUUGACAAAAAAAAUGGAAAUUCAGUUAUAUUUUCCGGUUUGUUGAUACGCCCGACUAGUUGGAUUUGAUCGAAGAUGAUCAUUUAAUAUUUCAUAAUGAAAAACUCAAUUCAAAUUUAGUCAUUCUUAGCAACUGGUUUACUGUUUUAAACGGCAUACUUCUAUCAAACUGAAGGAAGAUGCUGAAUAAGUCUCAAAACAUCACUUUUCAAUCAAGCUCACCGUUCAGUAAUUUUGAAAAUAAUGCUACGAUAAUGGUGUAUUUUAUUCUAAUUGCUUUGGGUCUGGCAAUUAACUUAGUUGUUAUUAUUAUCUUUUAUUUUAAAAAUGAAAAAAAAACAAAGUUCUGCAGAUUCCUUCUACACCUGUCGUUUAUCAACAUCGGUCAGUACAUCGGAAUUAUACCAUACUUGAUUAUUGAUACACGUUGUAUUCUUUCAUCUUAUAAAUAUUUGGAAAGUCUUAUAUGCAGUAUAAGCGAUGGACACAGUACAAUGAUGGUUUUUUCAAUGGCAUCAUGCGUUUUAUUAUUUUUCAUGUCUGUUUUAAGAUGCGAAGUAAUGAUCAAACCGUUUCGAAAGCUUGUAAAUAACAAAAACCUUUAUAAAGUUUUUUUAGUUACGUGGCUUUUUGCUUGUAUAUCUUUUAUUCCUUACAUCCUAUCAUAUAAACUUGAUCGUGUGUCUGGAAUUUGUUUUCGCAGCUGGAUAAUAAGUAAUUCAUUUGGAAUAAUUUAUAUGAGCAUCAUGUACAUCUGUGGACUUGUAUUACCAAUUUUAGCAAUGGUUUUUGCGUGUGUUACUAGUUACAUUAAAUUAAAUUCAAAACAUUUAAAGGAAAAUUCGGUACAAAAAAAACGCAAAGGUGUUCUUAUCAAGCUAACGUGUUUAAUUAUCAUAUUUACAUUAACAUGGUUUCCAUACUCUGUUUACUGGGUGAUGACGUAUACCACCUAUGUAGGAAAUAAUAUCGAUAAGCAACUUAAAAGAUUAAAAUUACUUAGAUACGUUUUAAUGCCUAGUUUAGCGGGAGGCAUUGCUGGGCCAUUUUUUAAUAUAUAUCAUUGGGAACCUUUUAGAAAAUCGGUUCAACAUUUAUACAAUAACUGUAGACAUGCACACGAAGAGAUCCAGCCAAUUAGAUUUUAUCUUUCUACCAAAAUUAUUUUUCAGAUUGAAAGUGAAACCAAGUAAAUGUUUAUGUGUAACGAUAAAUGAUUAGUUGUUGAAACGAACAAGAGUUUUUUAAUGACUUGAUAUCAACUUUCAAUACUCCAACUUAAUCCUGACAAUGCUAAAUAUCUUUUAAAACGAUUACAAAUUUUAAAUUAAAUUCUUUAUUUAGGUAAGUCUUAUUAAAAAGAUAAUGAUAGGUUACAUUAGCUUAGCACAUAGUUCUGUUUAGUUGAAAUUAAACUUGUGAAACAUAUAAUAUAUUUGCUUUGCAAACCGCCUACAAAAAUUACACUAUGUAAUACAAAAAAGUAUUUUAAUCUAUAGCGUUAUCGGGUUACAACGCGUGUUUAACUAAAAACAAACCGACACUAAUCAAAUGAUGAGCAAAAAUGUUUCCAGUCUUAAUACACAAACAAACUGCUUAAAUUAAGUGGUUAGUGAUUUUAAGUGAAGAACGACAUUCUAAACUACACGAAAAUGUUAAUAAGGUUAAGACACAAACAACAUUAAAAACAGUGGCGGAACUACCAUACCUCAAAACCCCCCAAUGUGGGGUGGCCAUGAGCUGUAAGUGGUCCAAAAUUUUUCAAGAAACUGCAGUGUUUAAUAAUUAUUAUCAAUUUUAAAAUUUCUAUCAGAUAUGAAAAGUAACGUCCGAUCAAAUAUCAAAAUAAAUAAAAUACAAAA